CUCCCUGUGUUCGUGUUCAUCCCUUGUUAUAUUCCUUAUAUUCCUCUGUUAGUUAUCUUGCCAGUAAUUUCUGUGAUCACUAGAUCCUUAGAGAAAUUAGGGAGAAAUUUAAAAAGAUGGUGGGGGGAGACUCCCUAUGCCACGGUGAUGUAAGGUGGAUAAUAUCAUAGCCAUAGCUUGCUUUAAAGCUUGCUUAGGAGGAAGUGAGAAAAAGGGAGAGAAGUCUCUUAAGUUCUCCCAAAUGCUAAGACCUUCUUCUCCAAAAAAUAAAAAAAAGCCAAAACACAAAUCCAGCUUCCGGGUAAAUGUAGGGAGUCUCAGCCAACAUUUUUUCUGGAUCAGCAUUUCCUUGCCUGCCCAACUGGCUGGUUUGCUUCCCUUUCAAGGAAGCUGGUUUGCUUCCCUUUCUCCUCCUCCACCAUGAGGUUCCAGGCAACCAUUCCACCCACUCCCUUUGAAAACCAAACCUCCAUCCUUCCUUGCAAAGAUUCUCCUCUUGCCCGCCUCCCCUCAAAUACCUCUCCAGCUGAUUGGCUUAGCCCACUGUAUUUUCUAGAAAUCCCUUCGCUCUGCUCCUCCCUCUUCUCUCAUCCUCAGGGCUGCUUUGUGUCUACCCCAUUCUUCUGCAGCCAGCUGUCUGUCUCAAGUUGUGCCUUAAUCUACAGGGCUUUCAUCUGCCCCCUCCAGCAUCUCCUUCAGGAGCUCUUUGGUUCUCCGCAACUCUCCUGUAGCUUUUCUCCAGGCGUGACUCCCACCACAAUGGUGAGAUUGUCCAAACCCAAAACUUUUCAGGCCUAUCUGGACAACUGUCACCGUCGCUACAGUUGUGUGCAUUGCCGGGCCCACCUGGCUAAUCACGACGACCUCAUCUCCAAGUCUUUUCAAGGAAGCCAAGGACGGGCCUACCUCUUCAACUCUGUAGUGAAUGUUGGAUGUGGCCCAGCAGAGGAACGUGUUUUGCUGACGGGCCUGCAUGCUGUAGCUGAUAUAUACUGUGAAAACUGCAAGACCACCCUUGGAUGGAAAUAUGAACAGGCCUUUGAGACUAGCCAGAAAUACAAGGAGGGCAAAUUCAUAAUUGAAUUGAACCACAUGAUUAAGGACAAUGGCUGGGAUUGAAAGACAACCAGCAUCUUUGGACAACUGUAUGUAGGGGGUGGAGCCUAAGAAAUGUCAAAUUUCCACCAAACCUACUUCUACCUUCUCAACCAUUGGAUUGCCAUCCCAGGCACCUCCAGGGGCACCUGAGUUGUGAAGGAGGAGGUGGUGCUCCUGCCAGAGACACAUACGCACAGCUCAGACAUGUUAAAUUCCUGUGGCAAAAGGUGGAAACUCCGGAACACCUUUAGGUCAGGGACUGUGUGCAAGUAGGACUACGGCUGGCUCUGUUGUCCAGAGAGUCUGUAUUAAGAGAAAUACGGAGGGGAAAUGUACACUGUGAGGGGGAAGGGAAAUGUUAGGCGUGUACAGUACUUGUGUGUGUGUGUGUGUGUGUGUGUGUAUGUAUUAUAUAAAUAAAAGUAUUGAAGUGA